AUGUGUUCAAUGUUUUCCAGUGGUCAUUGGCUACAUGAGGACAACGAACACAUUGUCGGUUACUUGGCCUUGUCACUGCAAUAUUCGAGUAUCUAUACGUCGGUAGCGAUGACUGUCAAUCGAUUCAUCGUUGUCACCUUCCCUCGUCAUUACAAUAAAUGGUUCAACACCAAAACGACAAUGGUCUCGAUCACAGCGUGCUGGGUGAUCGCAUGGAAGGUUGCAACUUCACCUUCGAUGCACAAAGUACGCCAAUUCAAGUUCAGUGAUGAAGAAUGCGGACGCACACUUUCACUUUAUCAAGAUCUGAUUUACAACCUCACAAUGGCAGUCAUUACUACGCUUGUCGACGUCUACUGUUUACUUAAACUAAGCCUACUACAGAGGGGUUCGUAUUGA